AUAUUAUUGAGGAUAACAUUUAUGUUUGAGCCAAAAACGGAAAUGAAGUUAUCAAUGUACCUGAUGCUAGUGUGCCUUUUGCAACUGAUUGAUACCGACGGAGCGUUGGCGCAAAGAGGAAUAGGCGUUUGGAAUAUGCUGGCCAUCAAGUGUACUUCGGACGAAGACUGUCACCCGGGGACACACUGUGUGGAAAUCCAUAGAGGAGAAUCAUCAGCAUCAUCCCAGACCGACUUUCGUUGUUUGCCCAUCCAUCUGCCGUGCAAGCGCGACGAGGACUGUAACGCCGUAGUGUGCCCCAACCCUGACGAUGCCUCACUUUGCCUCCAGUCGACUUCCUUCCCGAUGGGCGGCGAGUGCCACUGCCCCCCUCCGGUAGAAGAGUGCGAUUCGGUCAUAUGCGAGGAGCAAUGUCCAUUAGGGUUUUUCUGUGCGUGCAUCGAAAACGUCUGCCUUGAGGGAUGAUGACUGCAUUCUCACUUAAACGACAGCCUCAAUCUUGAACACUUAUCUGGUCUACCGAUACAUCAACGCGCGAAUUUGUAAAGAGAAUA